AUGUUCGAUAAAGAAAACAAGGGAUAUAUCAGAGCCACCCAGGUCGGCCAGAUUCUCCGAACAAUGGGACAGGCUUUCGAGGAACGCGAUUUGAAGCAGCUCAUCAAGGAGUUCGACACUGAUGGAUCGGGUGAAAUCGAAUUCGAGGAAUUUGCCGCUAUGGUUGCUAACUUUGUGGUGAACGGUGAGGAUAACGAAGGACUUGAAGAAGAAUUGCGCGAAGGCUUUCCGACUCUACGACAAACAGAUCUGAGAGAUAUCCUACGCGCGCUUGAUGAAAACGUCAGCGAAGAAGAAUUGGACGAGAUGAUUGCCGAAAUUGACACCGAUGGAAGUGGAACAGUCGAUUUUGACGGUGAGCAUGACCAAAAUCAGUUAUUAGAGUUCAUGGAAAUGAUGUCUGGAGAGUAA